AUGUCCUACGAGAAGGGCGCGCCAGUCCUGGUGCUUACGUCCGCCCCGGUGGCCGACGCCGUCUCGGAGCAGACGAUCAAGAACACAGUGGCCGAGUUUCCCCUGAAGCCGCGCACCGCCAGCGGGGAGAUCGCCUCGCUGGCGUGCAGCGCGCUGGAGGCCAAGGGGGCGCAGUCCACGCCAGCGGCCGCGAGCAAGCAGUGCACCGCGGUCUGCGCCUACUUCAUGGCGCCGAAGGCGGCCGUGGACGAUGUGUUCAAGGACCCUGGUGGCGGCGAAGAGGCUAAAGACCGACGGCGGCGCGGUCAAGAGCCUCCGGUUGCGGCACAUCCUGCUGCGCCACCGCGAGUGCGAUUGCAAACGGUGGCUGGACGCAGGCUCGAACACGGUCGGGAACCUGGCCGCCUUCAAAGGUGUGGCCAGCCUCACGACCCCGUCAGGAGACGCGACGCGACGCGCACGCAGGCCGAGGCCGAGGCGGCGCUUCGUAGGGCCCUGCGCCAGCUGCUCGAGGAGCAGGCCGUCGACAGGGCAAAGGCCAAGGUGCCCACCAACUCCAAAAAGGCUGGCAUGGACUCGGUGACGCCGUCGGCCAGGUGCAUGUCAUUAUGCAAGGAGAUGUCGGAGUGCAGCUCCGCCUCCAAGGGCGGGCACAUGUGCGGAGAUCUUGGCUGGGUGAACGAGGAGGAGCUGAAGGGGUUCGGCCCCUCCUUCGCGGAGGUGAUCAGAGCUCUGGGCGUCGGCCAGUGGAGCGACGUCGUCUCCUCGCCCCAUGGGGUGCACCUGGUCCAGAGAAUAGCCUGA